UCCUUGCAGGAGGGAAACUUCUCCCAGCAACUUUUUUUUGUGUGUGUGCGUGGUGCGUGUGUGUCUCCCUUUUGGGUACCGCUGGCUGCCGCUGCCUCCUUUCCUCCAGCCCCUGUCUAUUUAUGUGUGUAUCUAUCCCUCCUCAAGUCACUCCCUGCUGCAAACUUCCCCGGAUCGCCUCCCGCGCACCAGAGAGCCAGGCAGAGAUUUGGUCGGGGACUCUCGCCGCGGCAGCAUGUUUCAGCCCACACCCAAGCGGUGUUUCACCAUCGAGUCGCUGGUGGCCAAAGACAGCCCCUUGCCCGCGUCUCGCUCCGAGGAUCCUAUUCGGCCGGCGGCGCUGAGCUAUGCCAAUUCCAGCCCGAUGAACCCUUUUCUCAACGGCUUCCACUCCACCGGCAGGGGGGUCUACUCCAACCCGGACUUGGUCUUUGCAGAGGCCGUCUCCCACCCGCCUAACCCGGCCGUGCCGGUCCAUCCCGUGCCCCCUCCCCACUCCUCCCUAGGUUGUGUUUUAGUAUUUGAUUUUUUCCCCAGAUGUUCUGGAGUCCUCUCCUUCCCCUAUGCCUUCCUUCCAUCUAUUUCUCGAAGGACAACUGAAGAAAGGCGCUUUCUGAAAAUAACACGUAGAUUUUCUCCUGCGGGUGUGUUGCUAAUCUCUGUUUUUCCCUAUUGCCCAGGGAAUGAAACCAGCCCGGAGAGCUUCCUAUUGCACAAUGCACUGGCCAGGAAACCCAAACGGAUCCGUACAGCUUUCUCCCCAUCCCAAUUACUGAGACUGGAACAUGCCUUUGAGAAGAACCAUUAUGUAGUAGGAGCAGAGAGAAAACAGCUGGCACACAGCCUCAGCCUCACGGAAACUCAGGUAAAAGUAUGGUUUCAGAACAGAAGGACAAAGUUCAAGCGGCAAAAGUUGGAAGAGGAAGGCUCAGACUCACAACAGAAGAAAAAAGGGACUCAUCAUAUUAACCGGUGGAGAAUCGCCACCAAACAAGCCAGUCCAGAAGAAAUCGACGUCACGUCGGACGAUUAAAAACUGGCACUUUUGGACUUUUCAAGCCAACCAACCCACCAACAGAAAGUGUUAAAGGCUCACACACACACCAACGUGGCGGUGCGGGGAAGGGACACAGAGAUCUUCAACAAAAUGCGAUUCCCGACUAGGAGGGCAGCUGAGACCAAGCGAAGGCGAGACUGCGAGAGGUCCAAACUGUGGCACUGCUGGCACAGCUCUGGCAAAGGGGAUCUGUCAGUCAAAGGCAAACCACCGAGACGAGGUGAUUGACAGGUAUUCCGUUUCUCGCAGUCCACUUUUAAAAACAUUACGUCAAAAAAAUUAAAAAACUUUAAAAAAAAUCUUAAAAAGAAAAAAUAAAAAAACAAAAAAUUUCCAACUUACAGGACAUUUUGCACUUCACAGUUUUUUCCGUCUUUAAAAGAAAAUUUUCCGUAAGCAGCCAAAACCCACACCUGUUUCAGAAACUUGAAUUGCAUGUGUAAAGCCGUUUGGG